AUGAUUCUUGAUUUGGGUUUCUUCGCUUGUUUCUUCCCAUCUCGAGCCAGAGCUUCGAGCUCUCGUGAGCACAACAACAAAGCUUGGCUUUUGGCGGAGACAGGACCGAAGCUUAUGGACUCAGACCCAUAUUCGGUACACUCGUCAUUUAGGUUUAGUCUUUGCUCGCAGGUGGAGCUGGAGAAGAUGAACAGAGAAGAACCGUUGUCUGAAGGAUCAGCGACGGUUCUUCUGGUUAAGGAGACAGAGAAUUCGACGGUGGAGAUGCAUUGGUCGACGGCUCUUUCGCUGGAGAAGAGUAUUUCUCCGGUUACAAAUACUUUGGUCCGAUUUAGUUACAGCGAAAUCGUCACCGCCACUCGCAAUUUCUCAAAAAGGAGAGUGUUGGGAAGAGGAGCUUGCAGCUAUGUGUUCAGAGGCAGAAUAGGGAUUUGGCGUAAAGCUGUGGCAAUCAAAAGACUUGAUAAAGAAGAUAAAGAAACUCCAAAGUCGUUUUGCAGAGAGUUGAUGAUUGCAAGCUCUCUUCACAGCCCUAACAUUGUGCCUCUUCUAGGGUUCUGUAUGCAUCCCGAACAAGGGCUUUUCUUGGUGUAUAAGUAUGUCUCCGGUGGUAGCCUCGAACACUAUCUACACGAUAAGAAGAAGAAAAUGGGUAAGAAGACCCCCUUGUGUAUGCCUUGGUCAACAAGGUACAAGAUCGCCUUAGGCAUUGCAGAGGCCAUAGCUUAUUUACAUAAUGGCACCGAGCAAUGCGUUGUCCAUAGAGACAUCAAACCCUCCAACAUUCUUCUUUCAUCAAACAAAAAGCCAAAGUUGUGUGAUUUUGGGUUAGCAACUUGGACAGCUGCACCUUCGGUUCCUUUCCUCUGUAAGACCGUGAAAGGAACUUUCGGUUAUCUGGCUCCUGAGUAUUUUCAACAAGGCAAGAUAUCUGACAAGACCGAUGUUUACGCGUUUGGAGUCGUGUUGCUUGAGCUAAUAACAGGUCGGAAGCCAAUUGAAGCAAGAAGACCAUCUGGUGAAGAAAAUUUGGUAGUUUGGGCGAAACCGUUGUUGGAUAGAGGAAUGGAAGCUAUAGAGGAGCUGCUUGAUCCAAGGCUGACAUGUACCAGAAAAAACUCGGCUUUGAUGGAUCGUAUGAUCCGAGCUGCAGCAGCCUGUGUGAUCGAUGAAGAGUCCCGUAGACCCGGGAUGAAGGAGAUUCUUUCGAUCCUGACAGGCGAUGAAGGGAAAAUAGAGCUAAGGAUGCUUUCAAGCCGGAGAAAAUCAAAUCUUUCCGGUAUAAUCGACUGUUAUCCGCGGACAAAAUCUGAGAUGAAAAGUCAUCUUGCGCUUGCGAUGCUCGGAGUAACGGAGAUUGAAGAAUACGAUUGUUUUUAA